GGGAGAGAGAGUGUAACUGGAAAGGAGACAGAGGAAGAGAGGGAGAGUGGAAAGAGAGCCCGGAGGGUGCUUGCCCGGAAGGAGAUUGAGUGGCAGUGAAGAAGAGAGAUAGAGAAAGGGUGGUGCCUCAGGGAGUAAAAAACAGGGUGAGGCAGCAGAGUGAGAGGAGAGAGCAGUGUGCGUGUGACUGGAGGGAUCCAGACAUGGGACUAGCGCUGCAAUGACAACCAUGCUUAGCCCUAAAAACAGACAGACACGCAGGGCCCGCUCUAAGAGCAUGGUGCUGGGCCGCUGCAGUUCUCCUCUAGGCCAGGAGAUGACGUUGAAGGCCGGCUGGCUGAAGAGACAGAGGAGCAUCAUGAGGAACUGGCAGCUGCGGUGGUUCGUUCUCCACACUGAAGCACUGUACUUCUAUAAGGACCAGGAUGAGACUAAACCUCAGGGAUGCAUCAUUCUCCAGGGCAGUCAGGUCAGUGAGCUGUCGGCCAAUCAGGAUGAAGCUGGUCGCCACCUGUUUGAGAUUGGUCCAGGAGGCAGUGGAGAGAGGGAUCGUUCAGGUCUGAGCGAGUCUUUCCUGUUGAUGGCUAAGUCUCAGAGUGACAUGGAGGAAUGGGUCAGAGCCAUACGAAGAGCUAUAUGGGCCCCGCUAGGAGGAGGUAUUUUUGGGCAGCAUUUAGAGGAGACAAUGCAGUGUGAGAGUGGGUGUGGCAGCAGCAGCAAGCCUCUGGUGCCUCUGCUGGUGCAGCAGUGUGUGUGUUUUAUACACCAGCACGGCCUAACGGAGGAGGGGCUGUUCAGAAUGCCUGGACAGACCAAUCACGUACGAGAGCUGCAGGACGCCUUUAACUGCGGGGAGAAACCACUGUUUGGCAGUAACACUGAUGUCCACACGGUGGCGUCCCUGCUGAAGCUGUACCUCAGAGAGCUGCCAGAGCCUGUGGUGCCUUUCAACAAAUACACAGAGUUCCUCUCCACUGCUCAGCUCCUGGCCAAGGACCAGGAGGAGGGGAUCCUUGAACUGGGCAGGCAGUUGAAGAGUCUUCCUCAGGUCAACUACAACCUCCUCAGAUACAUCUGCAGAUUCCUAGAUGAGGUCCAGUCCCACUCAAGUCAGAACAAGAUGAGUGUUCAGAACCUGGCCACUGUGUUCGGGCCCAACAUCUUCCGACCCAAGAUGGAAGAUCCACAGAUCAUGAUGGAGGGUAGUUCCCAGGUGCAGCACCUGAUGACUGUACUGAUCAGUGAACACUCUCGUCUGUACCAGGGGCAGGCAGAGACUCCCAGGGAGGACCAAUCUGCCCCUUCUCCAACUCCCUAUCCCCGGGUCCCCCCGAUUCAGCGCUGCAGGGUGGAAUGGCUCUCACAGGAGGACAUCCUGCCCCCCCACCCCGCCAAGGACUAUCCAUCCCUGGAACAGACCCCUAACAACCCAAGUCAGGAACCACUUCAACCCCUCCUGACCUCCGCAGUGUCCUCUCUUGACACUGACCGCCCUGGAUCAACCCCCAAGGAAAGAACAGAGGGAGAUUCUGAGGGAAUUAAUGGUGGAAGAACAGAAGAAAAGAUGGAGAGAAAGAGUGAAGGAAAGAGCGAAAUAAAACUCUCGGGUGGUAGUGGCGCAGACCUCGGCCCCAGUAAACAGUCCAAAAGCCAGUCUUCAUGGAGGUCCUCUUUGAAAUGUAGGUCCGGGUCAGGGGGGGUAAGGGGGAAGUUGGGGGGGUCAGCAGUUGAUGUGUCGACAGUCACCGGAGGCCACUGGCUGAUGAAUGGCCUGACGUCCUUCCGGAGUCACCGACGGACCGCUUCGACUGGCGAACGACUCAAAGAGUCCUCGCUUUGCCUGAAAGAGACACAUAUAGAUUCUCUGCUAGACUCAUAUACUGAGUCCUCUUUGUCACUAAAAGUCUCCCAAAGUAGCAUGCUAAAAGACUCGUCUCCUUUACAUAUAGACUCCUCCUGUUCUACUAUAGUCUCCUCCUGUCCCAAUAUAAAGCCCUCCCAAUCUGUCAGAAACUCCCCCCAUUCCAACAGGCUCUCGACCUAUGAUAACGUUAAUGUCACUCCCUGCAGUCUGAGCUUGCCCAUUGGCAGCCCCUCCCCCUGGACCUCUUGUGAGAUCCCGUUGGCUGAAUCUACAGGAAGUGAGCACGGGACACUGAUUUCUGGUUUAGGGUCAGGGCAGUCUGUGGCAGGACCCUCGAUACCUGAGGACAGUAGCUCUCCUCUAGAGCUGUGUGUGAGCAGCGCUGACUGGAAUGAGGGUGACCCUGGGGAUGACAUCACAGGUCAGAGGUCAGGGGUCAAUGAGGGUCUGUUCAGCCUGGUGACGGAGUUGAAGGAGGAGCUGAGAAGACAGAGUAUCAGCUAUGAGACACGCAUACACAAGUUAGAGGAUUCGUGUUCAGGUCUUCGUCUCCAGUCUGAUCGUUUAGAAGAGGAUCUAGGCCAGGAGAAGAAGAGGUUAUUCAUGUUGGAGAUCCAACUGGGGAACUCGGAACGCGCAAGGCAAGAUGCUGAGACUCAGAAUGUUCUCCUGCAGAAAGAGAUGGAAGAGUUAUUUGCUACACUGGGGAACCUUACCACUGGCACAGAUACCAGCUAGACCUGAGCAGACAGCAUUAGCCCACCGAGCAAAAGCCUACAAACUGGGCAUAAACUGAAUGACUCACUGUCGUUUCAACAUAAUAUGUCAACGUAUAGCGACAUGGAAUUUAUGUGGAAAAUGCAUUCAAUGUGAAAAAAGUAAUGAACGUAAAAUGUUGUUUUGAGGGUGAUAUUUCAAACACGGGAUUAUUUCAUCCUGGUAACCAAAUUUCAAAAUAGACAAACCUUGUAUCAAAUAUGUUGAACUUGUAACUUUAAGAAAACAUCAGAUCUUCAACCUUAUAUCCACGAUAAAAAAUAACUAUAGGCUGGGCAGCACCUCCUACUGGAUAAUGUGUCUAUAGCUACCCUUUGGUCUCCCAUCCAGGGUUUUAACUAAGCCUAGCCCUGCGGAACUAUGAUAUUUGUCACUGACUAUCACCAAUAUUCUAUCGCGAGAAUGAUUGUUAAGAGAUCUCCACUUAUUCCACAAACUGGAAUUAAAGCCAGACUAAAUCAGUGGCACAGAUGGAACUAUCCAAGCAGAAGACACAUCUCCUUCAAAUGUUGAUAUUUGGUUGUGUUGACAACCAAACACAAUUCAAUGUCACUUUUGAAAUACUAUAAAUAGCCUAUAAACUUGUCGACAAAUUGUAUGUUGGAUUCACUUCUCCUAACUCAACCAAAAAUAAAAGUUAAAGAAUAGGAUUAAGCCAGUGGCUCAGAUGCAACUAUCCAAGAAGUCGAUACAUCUCCUAACACAAUUCAAUAUGGGCCCGAUUCAGACGUAGGAAAGGUGUAUAUUUCCUACGCACGCCUUUCCUACACACUUCUCAGUAGUUCCGAUUCAGACUUACCUUAUGCAGGUGCGUAAAGGGCUUUGAAGGUGUGGUUCCCUUGCACACUCAGAAUAAAUGUAAUUCGACUGCUGAAAACCCUCCCACUUGCUAGCUAAUAGAUUUUCUUGUGGAGUUUUCAUUGAAUAGGGUUUUCAGUACAUUACCCCUUUAAAUUAGGUGUACCUUUAAUUAGAAUUUUCUCAACAGACGUUCUAGAAUAUACAGUUCCUUCGGAAAGUAUUGAGCCCUUGACUUUUUCCACAUUUUGUUACGUUACAGCCUUGUUCUAAAAUUGAUUAAAUUGUUUUUCCCCCUCAUCAGUCUACACACAAUAUC